AAUACAAACUUUAUAUUUUGAAAAAGAAAAUAAAUAAAACUACGUUCGUCAAGUCAUCAAAACAAAUGUCGUGGGUCUCCGACUAUGAAUAUACGUUCCUGCAAAGGCAAACGCUGCGUGUGUUACGAAUAUGUCGGCACAUACCACACCACGUCGCAUUUGUAAUGGAUGGAAACAGACGCUUCGCAAAGUCAAAAGAUAUAGAUAAGAUUGAGGGUCAUUCUCGAGGCUUUGAAAAGCUGGCUGACUGCCUUAAUUGGUGUUUGGAGAUUGGCAUACGCGAGGUAACUACAUUUGCCUUCAGCAUAGAAAACUUUAAGCGUUCCACUGAUGAGGUGGAGGGCUUGUUCAAUUUGGCAAGAGAAAAGUUUUCUAAAUUACUGGAGGAGUCGGAUCGUUUGAAUGAGCACGGUAUUCGCAUUCGAGUAAUAGGCAGUAUUGAGCUGUUACCCCAGGAUCUGCAGAAACUUAUCGCGACGGCUAUGUUACGUACGGAGCGCAAUGACAAGCUCUUUUUGAACAUCGCCUUCUCUUACACAUCCCGUGAUGAAAUUACACAAGCAGUCGAGACCGUUCUCAAUCAUGAACGACAUUUGGAAGAAAUAGGUGAUAACGAAGAUAGACUCUUGUCCCAAGACAUUAACGAACGACUCCUUGAAGAGUGUUUGUAUACACGCCAUUCAUCACCGCCGGAUUUGGUGUUCCGCACUUCUGGUGAGACUAGGUUAAGUGACUUUUUAAUGUGGCAGCUGAGCUCCUCGGUCUUGUACUUUACUAAUGUUUUGUGGCCUCAAAUAACAAUUUGGAACUUUUUUGCGAGCAUAUUUGUCUAUCAACGUGCCAGUUGUCGUCUCGAGGCGUUUAGAGGAAAGGAGCGCAUUCGCAGCGCCAAGUUAGCCAAAAUAAGUGACUUCUAUAGUUCAAGGGUGCAAACAUUCCUGCAAAAAUUGGAUAUAUUCCGUAGAAAAGAGCUGAUAAAGUUAGCCUCUAAUUAACACAAUAAACAAAGACCUGCCUACAUGUGGAUAUACAUAUAUUUGGAAACCGAAA